GUAUGACUUGCAUUCAUCUCCCCCAAAAUUAUGCCAAGGUGGCUAUUGCGCCACCAUAUAUAGACAACCUUUAAUUUCUCCCCCAACUGAAAUAUCAUCGACCACUUCUCUGGUUUUCCUAAGCAAGCGAGCCAGAGGAACCGAUGGCAGGAGCAGAGGUUGUGAUGGAGGCAUGGAAAGAAUGGGGUCUCCAAGCGCUGGUGCUGCUCAGCCUGACGGUCCAGGUCGCACUCCUCAUCCUAGCGGAGCUCCGCCGCCACAUCGACUCCGGUGUGCUAAUGGCCUUCGUCUGGUCGGCAUACAUGCUGGCCGAUGCGACGGCGAUCUACGCCCUCGGGCACCUGUCCGUGACAAGCAGGUCGCCGGAGCACGAGCUGCUGGCGCUAUGGGCGCCAUUCCUGCUGCUGCACCUCGGUGGGCAGGACAACAUCACCGCCUACGCCCUCGAGGACAACAAGCUGUGGCUACGCCACCUGCAGACGUUCGUCGCGCAGGUGGCCGCCGCCGCCUACAUCAUCUACGGGUCCUCGAUCAUCGUCGGCGAGCACUGGUCCUUGCUCCUGCUGGUCACUAUCCUCGUGUUUUUCGUCGGUCUUGUCAAGUAUGGGGAAAGAGUGUGGGCGCUCCGUUGCGCCGGUAGCAGCCCAACUGGAAACUACCGGGGUCGUCGUGGGGGUGGAGAAGGUUCAGAUGGCCAUAUCUCAGAGUGUCCAUUGGUGGUGCCGGAGUCCUUGAAAAGGCGCCGCUUGGAUCCAGAAGCCUUCCUGCUGAAAGCUCACCUGCUAUUGGAUUGUGCCAAGGAUGUGUUCAAGGGGCCGUUAUCUCCUAUAGCUUUGUAUGGCACAGCUACUCCAGCAGGAUCAGAGCUGGAUGGGGAGGACGUGUACAAGAUGGUCGAGAUGCAGGUCUCCCUAGUCUACGACCUCUUCUAUACCAAGGCUGAGGUCACGCACACUUGGUAUGGGCUCUGCAUCCGUCUGCUUUCGUGGCUGGCCGUCGGCGUCGCCUUCUUGUUGUUUAAUAUACUGCUCUUGUGCGACGGCCAUCAUCGUAAGCUCAAGGGCGGUUAUAGUUACAGCAGGGUAGAUGCUGUUGUCACCUACGUCCUCUUCGUCGGGGCCGUUGUCCUGGAGACUGCGUCCCUUGUCAGGGCCAUGUUCUCGAGCUGGACAUGUGCUCUGCUACUGAAACGCGGUAGCCAGAGCAAUGGAUGGGAAGGAACUGCUGCACCAUCUGCAUCUACUUUUCUUGCGGGUAUCCUUUUGUGUCUCCGCCGGCUGGUAGGAGCGGCAGAUUUGAGGAGAAGGUGCAGCUGGUCACGCUGCAUGGGGCAGCACAACCUGGUUCAGUUUUGCGUGCGCAGCAGGGCCAGCCGAAUAAGAAGAGUAGCGAAAUGGGUGGGAGUCGAGAACUGGUGGAACAUGCAGGCUUGCUCAUGGUCCGUCCCUGUCUCAGCGUGCAUCAAGCAGCUGCUGCUGAAGAGAAUCAUGGCGAUGCCGGAGGCUCGAGAGGAGGACGAGGAAGAAGAAGAGGAAAUGCAGGAGGCUCGGGAGGAAGAGGAAGAGGAAGAGGAAGAGGAGGAAGAGGAAAGCUCUGCUUCCACUUCUUCGUCUCAGCGUGCGGUACCAGAGGCGAGGCAAUGGGGUCGGGAGGCACUCAUGAACAGAGGAUUGUACGAGAACUUGGCCUCUUGUGUCAAGUUCAACAAACUGGAUGAGAGCAUCCUGGUAUGGCACAUCGCCACUGACGUCUACCUGGGCUGCUGGUACAAGGAUCAGCAGGAGCAAGCAAACCGGCCUCCAGAUGGCGGCAGCGGCGGCGGCGGCGGCAGUGACCGGGGCCGGGCACAGGCUGAUCUCGCCGAGGCGGCGCAGGCGCUGUCCAACUACCUGCUUUUCCUCCUCGCCACACGUCCCCAUAUGCUGCCUCCAGAUGGCAGCGGCGAUGCGUACGGCGAAUUGACGGAGUGCCUCACCACUUGCGUGGAUUGCAGCUCAGUUGAGGUACUGCGUCGCCUGCUACGACGUUACGACGAGGACCUCCCUGCUAAUCGCAUUACAUCCAACAAACCGUUGCGGAGAGGAUGCGAGCUCGGUAAGGUCCUCGUCGGCCGGCGAGACUCACCAACCGUUUGUGACACGCUAGAGAUGAUCUGCGAGGUGUGGGUGGAUAUGCUGUGCUACGUGGGCCGCGGGUGCGGCAGGGAAUCGCACGCCAAGCAGCUCAGCAGUGGCGGCGAGCUCCUCACCGUCGCUGCCCUUGUAGCAAGAUACAUGACUUCGCCGAAGUUGCGCCAGUUGGUAUCAGCGUGAACCCAAAGUAAUUUGCAACACUUUCAAUCUGUAUGAGCUAGUUAAUUAGCCCGUUUUAUUAAUUGUUAUUACUGCCCGCCUGUAAAACUUGAUCAGUCAUCCAUUUUUUAAAUAUUAUUUUCCAAACAUUUGGUUGUUCAGAUGUAUU